CCACCCUACCCUCGUAGGCUCUGCCCUACGUCGUCACCGUCAAGGUCGACAACCAUCCCCCUACCCUCUCAGACUCUCGAUAUGUUCUCUUGGAUCUCCUCCAACGUCAAGCGCCCUCAGGUCCUUCCAGACUGCUGGGGUCAUCGUGGUGCCUCGUCGCGAUUCCCGGAAAACACCCUCGCAAGCUUCGAAGCCGCCAUUCGAGAUGGCGCAGAAGGAAUUGAAAGCGACGUUCAUGUUUCCAAAGACGACGUGGUCAUCAUGUUCCAUGAUCCGGCUUUGGACCGGACCACCGAUUCAACAGGUGAAAUCAAGGAGCGCGUCUGGUACGGCCCUGCUGGGAUGGAACAUGUUCGCACCAUCAAGGAACCCAAGCAGUCUAUCCCCACCUUUGCAGAGACGAUCGAUCUACUGAUGAAGCCCGAAAAUCGGCACGUCAAAUUCAACGUUGACGUUAAAGUGCAGAACGACCCGGACCGACUAUUCGCUCUGAUGCACACAAUCAUCAGUGGUUCGCAUCCUGACUGGGAGACGCUUUUGGCACCGAGGAUCCUCUUGGGUCUCUGGCAUCCUUGUUUCUUGGAGCAUGCAAAGAGGAGGUUGCCUUAUUGCAAACGCUCGUACAUCGGAAACAGCGUUGCUUUGGCGAAGAAGUAUUUCUGGGACGAUUGCGAUACGUUUUCGAUGAGUUUCGCGGCUCUUACUGGGACAGAGGGACAAAAGUUUAGACAAGAAUGCAAGGCUUCUGGGAAGAGCAUUAUGGUGUGGACGGUUAAUGAGCCGUCUCACAUGAUGGAGGCCGUACGUUGGGAAGUCAACGUUAUCAUCACCGAUGUAACUCAAACAUGGUUGGAGCUCCGCAACGCUCUUCAGCAUGACUAUGACAAGAUCGUAUCGCAGUACAGUCGCAUCUUCCUCUGGACCACGAUCAACUUCUACUCACCUUGGUUGGCUGCUGACAGCCGGCACGAGAGGAGUAAACUGGAGAAAGUCAAGGGGCCUUUCGACAGGGCACUUUCCACUAGAGCCGGAUUGGUUGCAGCUGUCGCGUGA